UGAAUUCCAUUCCUAUGGUGGUUUUAUGAGAGAUCUUUUCUUUUCCUUCUGCCGCACACUCUAACAGUAACAGUACUCUUACUGAGCCACUCUCUCUUUCCAUAAGUACUUCUACGGACCUUCUUCUUCUUCUUCUUCUUCUUCUUCUUCUUCUUCACAGACUCUGCAACUCCCAAAAACCCUUCUCUUUCUCCUCCUUCUUCCAUACCCUAAAAACCCUUUUCAGAUUUUGACCCAAAAAUAAACCCAUUUUCAACAGUCCUACAAAACAGGAAAAGGGUCACAGCAAGCGUGUUCCUCACUGUGCCGUUUUUCGUUUCUUUUUCGUCAGUGUGAAUCCAGAAAAUCGAAACACUGUCUGGUUUUUGACUUACCCUUUUCUCCCCUUGUCAUUUUAUAAAAAUCCCCAUUGCUCCCGGAGUUUGAUGCUGAAUCUGCCAUGGAGGAUACUCUGUUUUGUCCUGUUAAAGUUACGGAGCACCGCAACUUCACCAGCAAAUUUUCCCUCAAAAAACAUCACCAAUCGGAAAGUAGAGUUGUACGGAUAUCGGUGACGGACCCUGAUGCGACGGAUUCGUCGAGCGAUGAGGAAGAGUUGUUCGAGCGGCAGAGAGUGAAGAAGUACAUCAAUGAGAUCAAAAUCCAAAGUGGGUGUCGAAAUAGCCUUUUACCCAGUUGCCGGAAGAGGUCUGCUGGUGAGCAAUCAGACUCCCGGCGUUCGGGGAAGGUGGUUCCGGCAACGAAUGGGAAGAAGUUUCGUGGUGUACGUCAGCGGCCUUGGGGUAAGUGGGCGGCGGAGAUUAGAGAUCCUGCCCGCCGUGUACGUCUGUGGCUCGGGACCUACGACACGGCGGAGGAAGCCGCGAUGGUGUAUGACAACGCUGCCAUUCAGCUUCGGGGACCGGACGCUUUGACGAACUUUGCAACUCCAUCAUCGGUGCCGAUGCCGGAGAAGGAAGUUGAAGUGGCCAAUAUCGCCUCUGUUUCCGGCUCCUAUUACGAUUCCAGUGAGGAGUCUCACAAUUUGUCAUCUCCGACUUCGGUUCUCCACUUCAGAACGUCGUCGCCAGAAGAAACCGAAAAGCCCCAAAAGCCCGAUGAGUCUCAGCAACCACCGCCGCCGUUCGCCGACGAUCAAUUCCACGAACGUCAAGUCAAAACUACUCUUUCCGAGGAGUAUUACACCGAGUUCCCCAGAUUCGACGACGUCUUCAAACUUCCGAUCCCCGAACCGCCGAUCUUCGUCGACGAACAGCCUCUAUUCUUCGAAGAAAGCAUAUGGAACGAAGAUUUCAGUGAAUUUUUCACUAAUUUGCCUGAAGAUUUCGGAACCCCCUUAUUAUCAUCUCCGAUCAGCCAAGGGGGCGACGACUAUUUCCAAGAUAUUUUGAUGGGAUCAGACCCCUUGGUGGUUCUGUAAGCGGUGGAGCGCCGGGCAGUCGGUGGUGCUGGACCACCGGCUCCACCGUUAUGUCGGCGGAAUUUUGUUUCCAUGGCGCAUCUCUCAAAAAAAGGCUAUUUUUGCGACUUUUUCGUUUUUUUUUUUUUUUUUUGGGUAUACUUUUCCUUACCUAUUUACAUAUUCUGGGAAGUUGAGUGGACCAGUUUUGCUAGAGAUAUCUUCUUUUUAAUUUUUUUUUUAAUUUCUCUUUCCUUUUUUAUUUUUAUUUAAAUCAAUAAUUAGUGUUGGUCGUAAGAGUGUAUAAUGUAGAAGAGCUCUGUAUAAUUAUAAUAUCGCCAAUUUUCUCCGUAA